GUCCUCGCAGGGAUCCAGCAUGGCGGACACCGGUGUGGUGGAGACGCUCCUCCGGCGGAUUGAGAAGGCGGACGACGGGGUGGACAGCCUGGAGGCGGCCGGCAGCCUCGGGCUGGACCACCAGGUCAUCGUCGGGGCCGUGAAGAGUCUGCAGGCGCUCGGAGACCUGAUCUCAGCCGAGCUGCGCUCCUCUAAACGCUGGGAGCUGACGGAUGAGGGCCGAGAGAUCGCCGAGCAGGGCAGCCAUGAGGCGCGGGUCUUCAGCUCCGUCCCUCUGGAGGGUCUGCAGCAGAGUGAGCUCAUGAAACUGUCCUUCGGGAAGAUCGGCUUCAGUAAGGCGAUGUCCAACAAGUGGAUCAGAGUGGACAAAUCAUCCGAGGGCGGCCCGCGGAUUUUCAGGACUGUGGACAGCAUCGAGGACCAGGUCAGAGAGAAGCUGCUGCAGGUGCAGAACGGAAACACCUCCGAGCUGGAGGAGAAAGAGAAGAACGAGCUGAAGAAGAGGAAGCUGCUCUCUGAAGUGACGGUGAAGUCGUACUGGAUCAGGAAAGGCGGCUCGUUCAGCACCACCGUCACCAAACAGGAGACGGAGCUCACUCCCGAGAUGAUUGCCAAUGGCAGCUGGAAGGAGAAGAAGUUUAAGCCGUAUAACUUCGAGGCGAUGAUGGGCGUGGCUCCUGACUGCGGACACCUGCACCCGCCGCUGCUGAAGGUGCGGACGCAGUUCAGGCAGAUCUUUCUGGAGAUGGGCUUCACAGAAAUGCCGACCAACAACUUCAUCGAGAGCUCUUUCUGGAACUUCGACUCGCUGUUUCAGCCUCAGCAGCACCCGGCCAGAGACGCACACGACACCUUCUUCCUGUCCGACCCGGCACUCGCCCACGGGUUCCCGCAGGACUACCUGGAGAGAGUGAAGAGGGUCCACUCAGAGGGAGGCUACGGCUCGCAGGGGUACAAAUACGACUGGAAGAUCGAGGAGGCUCAGAAGAACAUCCUCCGCACUCACACCACAGCGGUCAGCGCACGCAUGUUGUACAAACUCGCACAACAGGAGAAGUUCACCCCCGUCAAGUAUUUCUCCAUCGACCGCGUGUUCAGGAACGAGACGUUAGACGCCACCCACCUGGCCGAGUUCCACCAGAUUGAGGGCGUGGUCGCCGACUACGGACUCACACUGGGAGACCUGAUGGGCGUCCUGCAUCAGUUCUUCACUAAACUAGGAAUCACCAAACUGCGCUUCAAGCCCAAACUGCGCUUCAAGCACAACCCGUACACAGAGCCCAGCAUGGAGGUGUUCAGCUACCACGAAGGACUACAGAAGUGGGUUGAAGUGGGAAACUCGGGCGUCUUCAGACCGGAGAUGCUGCUGCCGAUGGGUCUGCCCGAGGACGUGUCUGUGAUAGCCUGGGGACUUUCUCUGGAGAGGCCCACCAUGAUCAAAUACGGCAUCAACAACAUCAGAGAGUUGGUGGGACACAAGGUGAACCUGCAGAUGGUCUACGACGGCCCCAUAUGCCGACUGGAGUCCUGAGGUUCACUUUAUCAUUAUUAUUUUUAUUUUGAAUGGACGCGGCUUACCGUUACCACGGGACACCUCUUUUCUACGUCUCACUCUCUCCAGCCCGAGCACGACCGGUGAAACCAGCUGAGAGCAGUCGACUUAUUUUUCAGCUUUAACACAUAAGACUUCCCUUCUGCUGCCAAACAUCAGUGCGACUAAAAACGGAUUCAUGACAUCAACCUUCACAGUUUAUACAGAAAAUGACCCACCUGUACAGGAAAAAUACACAUUUUGGAACUUAAAGGUUCAAUAAAAAGCUUUUUUUCCAAAUAA